UAGUGAGCAGUUAAAAGUGUUUUUUGUGGACUGGAAUAUUUAUUUCUGGUAAAAAAAGUGAAGAAGAAAACAUUCCGUGUCUUAAAGUUGUGGGGACCGGUGAACGAUACUCAGAACCUGUUUUUGCACAAUGGCAUCCAAAAAGCGAAACACAAGACUAACAGAAGUAGAUAAAGAAACGGAGAACUUCGAUACCUCUGACAAAGGUGAAAUCUCCCAGAGCAGGGAUAUCAUGCAAGGUAUUGCAAGUAUACAAAAUACUUUAGCUAACUUUUUAUUACGUUUAGACGGUCAAGGUAAACAUUUAGACGAUCUCACACAGGAGAUAAGAGCGAGAGAUGGAAUCACUGAAAGGCUUGAGAAGGUCCAAGACCAGACAGUUGAGACCGAGAACCUAAUUUCAGAACUGCAGGAGAAAAACAAAAAGAUGGAGAGAGAGAUGAGCCGCUUACGCGACUAUGUAAUACGCUUAGAGUAUUGUGUUAAUGUUCAAAGAGAUCAAAUAAUAGAUCUGAAGAUAAAGUAUAUGGAAAACAAUGUAAUUGUUAAUGGCAUAGAAGAGAAAGGCACAGCAAAUGAACCUGAAAACCUUGCUGCCAUUAUCAGGAACAUUCUUAUAACAGAGAUGGAAAUGAAACCAGAAAUGGCGGAUCGCUUGCAGAUCUCGAAAAUGUUUCGUAUGGGUGAAUUUGACAAACGUAGGAAAUAUCCGAGACCAGUCUGCAUUCAAUUCGCCUACCGAAACCACAAGGAUCUGGUAAUGAGUGGGGUCAAGGUGCUAAAAGCAAAGAAAUCACCAUUCCGAUUUGCACAGCAGCAACCAGAAGAAGUAAGAGAGAAAAGGAAACAACUUUUUGAAGUUCAGAAAAAAUAUACUGAAAAAGGCAUAGAAACUAAGAUGAAUGGAACGAAACUCAUAUUCACUCAGAGCAACUCUGUCUAUAGAGAUAAACUCGGUUCACGACCUACUGCCGAUGAGAUCAUUACCGACGACGAGGUCAACAUAACGGUAAACCCUGGGAAGUCUGUCGAGGACAAUGGAAACCGGUUUAUUGGCCAUGCAGUAUCUGUCGAGUCUUUCAAGCAGGUCAGGAAAUCUAUUGUGGAAGUGAUGCGCAUCAAUACCAUUUCAAGUGCGAGUCAUAACAUAUAUGCGUACCGAUUUACCAGCCCAGACGGUUCCACUCAUGAGGGUUCUGAUGAUGAUGGCGAAUUUGGAGCGGGACGAGCGCUACUGAAAACCCUGAUUGACAACGAAGUGACUAACACGCUGGUUGUGGUCUCGCGCUGGUACGGUAGUAAGAUCGGUCCUCGAAGAUUCACCCACAUUAACGAUGCAGGUAUGAGUGCCGUAAAGAACAUGCAGGUACCUGUUAUUUCGUGA